AUGCGAGAGCGGUGGAUUUUUGUUUUUGUUUUCGACCUUUUGGGCACCGGAGCGGUGGGAUAUUUUGAUAUGGGUCUGGACUCUGGAUGGUCCUCAGCUGGAAUUGGGCUUUUCAGAGGAAAAACCGAAAAAAGUCUCCCCCAAGUCUACUAUUUUUGUCUUCUUUUCCUUGCACACCAAUGGAAGCAGUACAAAAACCAGAUACUGGAGAUCAGCCAAUUCCCUGACUUCGGUGACAGAAAGAGAGUGAGAGACCUGGGGCUGAGGUCCAAUUUGAUGGGUUUGGUGCCAUUUGCAGCCAUGGUGGUGGUGGAGUGCCUGGAUGUGGGCUUGACCACACUGAGCAAAGCAGCCAUGUCCAAAGGGAUGAGUCACUAUGUCUUUGUUGUCUACUCAAAUGCUCUUGCCACUCUUAUCCUAAUCCCCUCUUCUUUCAUUAUCCACAGAAACAAGAGGCCUCCACUGACCUUCUCUGUCCUGUGUAAAUUCUUCCUCCUUAGCCUUGCUGGGAUAACAUUGAUGCAGAAUUGUGUCUUCACUGGCGUAAGCUACAGCUCUCCUACCCUUGCAUCUGCUAUGAGCAACUUGGUCCCAGCAUUCACUUUCUUGCUUGCUGUAAUCUUCAGGAUGGAAAAGCUAGAUUUGAGAAGCUCAAGAAGCCAGAUCAAGAUCAUGGGCACCCUGGUAUCAAUAUCAGGAGCAAUGGUUGUUACCCUUUACAAGGGCCCGCCAAUUCAAUUCUCUAGAAACUCUCUUCCAUUGCAACCAUCUCCAUCUACUUUGUUUGCAGCAGCAAAUAAUUGGAUCAUUGGAGGCCUUUUCCUUGCAACAGCUAGUUUAUGUCUUGCAACCUGGAAUACUGCUCAGGCAGCAAUUCUAAAAGGGUACCCAUCAGAGAUGACAAUAGUCGCCUUCUAUUGCUUCUUUGGGACAAUCCAAUGUGCAGCAUUUUCUUUGAUUGCAGAAAGAGAUCCAAAUGCUUGGAAAUUGAGUCCUGAUAUUGAACUAGUCUCUAUCGUCUAUUCAGCUGUUUUUGGAAGUGUGGUGACAUUUUCUGUAUUAACAUGGUGCAUACAUAAGAAAGGGCCUUUGUUUGUUGCCAUGUUCAAGCCCUUGGGCAUUGCUAUUGCAGCUUUGAUGGGUGUCAUCUUCCUCGGCGACACACUCCAUGUUGGAAGUGUAAUUGGAGCAACUGUAAUCGUUGCAGGAUUUUAUGCAGUAAUAUGGGCACAAUCCAAAGACGAGGAAAGGAGUAAAUCCCGUGAAGUUGAUGGGCUACUGUCACCCUCGCAGUCGCAGAAGACCCCUCUCUUGGCGAGCCAGAGAGAUGUGUAGAGAGGAGUUGAAUCAUCUUGUUUAUUAUCCUUGGAACAUAUUCAAGGCAAUACACUUGUAUAAUAUAACAGGAAGAAACAAAGGGGAAAAAUGAAGGGACCUAGUCAUAUUCCUUUUCUCCUUUCUGGAAUUUGUUUUCAGGGGUGGAUUAUAACAUGUAAAAGUAGGGGCUCCCAAAGCAAGGUUGAAACUAUGAAGUAGUUGUGGACUCUGUCACUGCCUCUCAGCAUGAUGUUCAUGAAAACAAGAUCUUAAACCACGGCAUCCAUUCCAUGCCAACUGCCAA